UCCUCAACACACAUCAAACAUGAGAUUUGUAUCUGCUGUAGUACUACUUUCUGCAAUUUGCUUAAGUAUCAGUUCAGCUACCCCUGAGAGAUAUGAACUCAGGGCGCGCCAGGAGUUUAAAAUUGGUCAGCUGUCUCCUCAAGUACGAAUGCCACUGAGUAUGCAGAUGAAACGUUCAGGGCUUAAGCCAGGAUCAGGAGAUGUAUGUCACGAAAAAAAGAUUGUGUUGGCACAGCUGUACCAGAUAGUUGAGGAGGAAAUCCAAGCCUUUGAGAAGUGCAUUCUUACUCAACUUCAGGAGGAGGGUAAAAAAUAAGGAAUAAGAAAUGAAGAACACAACGAUGUAAUCACAAAUCACAAUCAGACACAAAAA